AUGGAGAGAUUAAUCAAAGGGCAACAAGAAUUGUUUGAACAAUUAAGAAAAGCCGAGCGCAAUCUUAAGAAGGCGAACCAUGAGGUUCGGGCAAAAUCUAGUUAUCUGAUAGCAAGAAUGGAAGCGUUAAACAAAUUGGAAGAAGCUUUCAACCAGAAUCAUCUUGAAAUAGUUGCCAUAGCAACGGAGGAGCAAAUGGAAACGUUACAAUAUUUUCAAGAUGACUUACAGGAUAGCUUUCAAGAAUCUUUUAUACAAUACAAAGCUUUGUUAAAGGAAUAUCUAGAUUAUACCGAUCAAAACACGACUAUACAUGCGAUAGACGCAAAUGAGAAUGCAUCAAACAAAAAUCAAGGAAACUCUGAGGUGCAAUUACCUAGAAUUCAACUUCCUAUUUUCUCAGGAAAAUACACCGAGUGGCAAUCUUUUUAUGAUAUGUUUGUCUCAUUAAUACAUGAAAAUUAUACACUAUCAGCUGUUCAGAAAUUGCAUUACUUAAAAUCGAGUUUGUCUGGAGAACCUGAAGUGCUUCUGAGGAAUUUUGCUACUACAUCAGCUAAUUACAAAGAAGCAUGGGAGCAAUUAACUAAACGUUAUAAUAACAAAAGGUAUAACUGCAAUGCUAUAAUGAAGACAUUAUUUGGACAAAAGAAUAUACAACACGAAUCUGCGAAUUCCAUUAGACAUUUGUUAGACACAACAACUUCUUGCCUAAAGGCUCUUAAUAAUCUCAAUAUUGGUACGGAACAAUGGGAUGCAGUUAUAAUUCAUUUGGUAGUGUCAAAGUUGGAUCAUGAGUCACACCGACAGUGGGAAAAUUAUAUAAGUACCGCAUCAGAUGAAUUACCUAAAUGGUCUCAGUUAGAACAAUUUUUAGAAACGAGAUUUAGAACUUUGGAGAUGAUCGAUACAAGUAAGCAAACUACAAGCAAUAAGAUGACCAUACAAUCAAAAGGUUUAAAUCAAGCGGUAAAAGCUAAGGCAUUUCAUUCAGCUUUGAAUGUAAAACAGAGUUCAUCUGAACAGAAUUGCGCGAUGUGUAAUGGUUCACAUUUUAUUUAUUACUGUAUUCAAUUUAAAAAGCUACCAGUUCUUGAGAGACAAAAUAUUGCACAAACUAAAAGGCUUUGUUUCAACUGUCUAGCACCUACGCAUCCUGUAUACAAAUGUCAUCAAAAUACUUCUUGCCGCAAGUGUGGUAAAAAACAUCACACUUUGCUUCAUUUUGAGAAAGGGGAUAAAGAAGCUUUUAACAUAUUAAAACAAAAUGAUUCAUCUAAAGGAGAACCUCAACAAUGUAAUAAUGAAGAAACUUCUACAAUGAACGAGAGGAACGUAGUAGCUAAUUUUUCGAGACAAGAUUUAAAAAAUUAUAAUGUAUUGUUAGCGACUGCUGUUGUAAAAUCUAAUUCUAAAAAUGGUUCUUAUGUGAUUAGAGCGUUGCUUGAUCAAGGCUCGCAAGCUUCUUUUGUUAGUGAAGAUACUGUACAAUUAUUAGGUCUUAAGCGUACAAAUGUAAAUGGUAAGGUGUCAGGUUUGGGAGAUGGUCAAAUGGUGAUUAAACAUGCAGUUAGUAUUGAAGUCGAGUCGCGUCACGUCCCUGGGAAAGUUAUAUGCGUCAAUGCGUAUGUAUUAAAAUCACUUACUUCAUUAUUACCAGGUCAUGAAGUACGUAUACCUGAUUGGCUAGAAUUAAAAACUUUACCUCUUGCCGAUCCAGGAUUUGCAUCACCGGGAAAGGUUGACAUAUUACUCGGUGCUGACGUAUAUGGAGAAAUAUUGCUAAGUGGUAAAGUAAUAAAAAAACAUGCCGGACCUGAUAAUGUGACUCGAGUCGUUAGUGUUAAAUGUAAGGGAGGGUAUUUAAAACGCCCUGUUAGUAAGCUUUGUGUGUUGACUAAGUCAUAA